ACACCACCGGAGCAAAUGAGUUAUAGCGUAUAACUCAUAAUACUGAAUCUAUAGAGUUUUAUUGUGAAAGUCUCUGGCCGACAGACAGUUUUUUUCGCAGACGCAGACGCCCGUCGCAUCACAGAGAGGUUUCAGAGGCAGCUGCUGCGAACAGUUUGCAUAUUCUUGCUUAUGGAGGCAGGCAACCCGACAGAAUGAUGAAUGAGUAAAGACUCUGUGGACAAGUGUGUUAUUCAAAUCCUUCAGCAUCCAGGAUAACAGAAGAAGGUGCUGGGGGAAAAAUGGCUCUUUCUGUUUGCUGUUUGAUGACCCUAGCGGUCAUCUGUAUCACCCAUAGCCUGGCAAUAACUGAUCAACUCCACAGGUUUAAAAGGUCUGAUCAAAAUGUACCUGGAAGCUGUGGGCCAGUGUCCAGGCAGUCUCUGUUCAGGGGGAACUCCAAUAAUUUCACAGUAGACCUUCGAAUGCCAGGUGUUGUUCCCCCUCAUUCGGACUCGUACUUGUGCAUGGCCUUUCCUGUACCAACAAAUCAGGAGGUCUACAUUGUGGACUUUACUCCUUAUGCCAGUAUGGACACAGUUCAUCACAUGCUACUGUUUAGCUGCCAGACUCCUGUCUCUACAAGUGGCUACUGGGACUGUGGCAGUGCACAAGGAACCUGUGAAGAUGAGUCCUCCAUUAUGUAUGCCUGGGCUCGGAACGCACCACCAACCAAACUGCCAAAAGAUGUUGGAUUUAAAAUUGGAGGGCAUUCAAGAAUGUCCUACUUUGUACUACAAAUGCAUUAUGGUGAUGUAACUGCUUUUAGAGACCAUCAUAAGGAUUGCUCAGGACUCUCCCUGACUCUGACAACUAAACCGCAGCCUUUUAUUGCUGGUAUAUAUCUUAUGAUGACAGUAGAUACAGUCAUUCCUCCUGGAAACAUUGUUACAAAUGCAGAUUCUGCCUGUGAUUACACUUCAUACCCCAUGUACCCGUUUGCCUUCAGGACCCACACUCACCACCUUGGUAAAGUGGUGAGUGGCUACAGGGUCAGAGAUGGGAAGUGGACCUUGAUUGGGAGACAGUCCCCUCAGCUUCCACAGGCUUUUUACCCGGCUAAUAAAGAUGUGGAUAUUAAAUAUGGUGACACACUGGCAGCUAGAUGCGUUUUUACUGGUGAAGGGCAAACCUCUAAAACUUAUAUCGGUGGUACCUCUGAUGAUGAGAUGUGCAAUUUCUAUAUAAUGUACUACAUGGACAAGAAACACGCUGUCCCCUUCUUCAACUGCAUGAAAACAGGCUCAAAAGAGUUGUUCCAGGAAAUCCCCGCUGAGGCCAAUGUCCCCAUUGCUGUGCCACCAAACCUAAUGCAUUCUAUGAUGCAUAAAGGACGUUCAGAUCUCCAUGAUAUGGCACCCAAAGAUGCUGCUCAGAAUAAGGACCAAGAUUUGCAUUUGGAGCAAGUGAUAAAUUGGCCACAGGGACCCCUUCAGCUGGGGCAGGUAUCAGGACUGGCCAUAGACUCUGACUCAAACCUGGUAAUUUUCCAUCGCGGUGACCGCUACUGGGAAAAGAAGUAUGUUUCUCUUAUAUCAUUUGAUUCAAAAGAUAGAUACCAGCAGAAAACUCUCGGACCAAUUCAGCAAUCCACUAUCUUGCUUCUUGACACUGUAAAUGGCAAGAUCCUAAAGGCAUCAGGCAGGAACAUGUUUUAUUUGCCUCAUGGAAUAACUACAGACGGAAACUUUUACUGGGUAACUGAUGUUGCUCUUCAUCAGGUAUUUAAAGUGAGCAGUGAUGGCAGAGACCAAAUACUUCUGAGUCUGGGAGAGGCUUUUGUACCAGGAAGUGACCAUUACCACUUCUGCAAACCCACUGAUGUUGCAGUAGACAGUGAAAAUGGAAACGUCUUUAUUUCAGAUGGCUAUUGCAACGCUAGAAUACUAAAGUUUUCAGCAGAUGGCAAAUACUUGUCUCAGUGGGGUGCAGGCUACUCAGACAGAAGAAUGCACAUCCCAUUCAGGAUACCCCACAGUCUGGUCUUCCUUCCCGACAGACGCGAACUGUGUGUUGCCGACAGGGAGAAUGGUCGUAUCCAGUGCUUUAUUGCGGAAACUGGGGAGUUUGUCAAAGAAAUCAAGAAAGAGGAAUUUUCUGGUGAAGUCUUUGCAAUCACAUAUAGCCCUGUUGGAGAUGGGUUGAUCUAUGCUGUUAAUGGCGAGUCUCCAUUUGGCAUUUCUUCACCUCCAAAGGGUUUUGUAAUCAGUUAUUCUACCAAGGAUAUAAUAGACACAUUCCAGCCAGAUCACAAGGACUUCAAAAUGCCGCAUGACAUUGUUGUGACCAAUGAUGGCAGUGUGUUUGUUGGGGAUGUAGGGACAAAAGCAGUCUACAAGUUUACCUCUGAAAAAGCACAUCGAUCUGUCAAAAAAGCUGGGAUUGAAGUUCAGGAGCUUGAGGAAGUGGAGGCAUAUGUUCAAGCCAAACUUAAACCAGAGCCCAAAUUAAAAUCUGAGCCUAAAAUUGAAAGGGCCACUGUGGGUCCACAGAAGCAAACUGUUCCACAAAUACAGAAGAUGGUGGAUGGAGAUACAGAGAAGACAAAGGCAGCGGUGAAGCCGAACAAGGAUCAGAGCGUGUUCCCCGUUGUCAUGACAACUCUGCUACUCGUACCUUUGCUCCUGGUUGUCAUCAUGGCAGGUUUCAUAUGCUACAGGAAAAGAAAUCAGUUUGAAGUGAAGCCCGAACCAACUACUGUGGGAGGAAUCUUGGGUAAACUAAGAGGUAAAGCUGUGGGCAGCCUGAAUCUGGGUAACUUCUUUGCGGCUCACAAAGGCUACAGUCGACAGGGCUUUGACCAAUUGAGCACCGAGGGCAGUGACCAGGAGAGGAUCGAAGAGGACAGCAGUGACUCGGAGAACGAAGAGUACUCUGCCCUGCCCCCACCCCGUACUUCCUAGAUGGUCUGUCCAUGCUUACAUUAUCAGGAUGUCCAGUUUUGUUGCCAAUGUUUUUUCCUAUUUAUAUAUUCAGUGUAUAUUGUGGUCUGUUUUGUUUUAUAAUGUAAAUACAUUCAGGGUAGUUAAUAAUAAUUCAUUUACAAUUACUUUUAAAAUGGUUUUGACCAUAAAACAUCUAACAGAGAAUUUCUAGAUAAUUGAUGACUGGUGGUAAAUCUGAAAAUUAUAUUGUAACCCUUUUGCAUUACAAGAGAAAUAAUUUCUGAUUAAUAUUUUAAUAUCAAACUACUGUUUUGUUUGUAAGAGACCAGGCAGGGUAUGAUAUUUCAUUAUAAUUUCUCAAACAAUUGUGUUCUGAGGCCUCCAUGCUGUGCCCUCACUCCCCUUCACUCUGAUAAAUCCAAUAUUUAAAUGGGGCCGUUAAUUGAAAUGCUGAAGAGAUUUUCCUGAACUGCAAAUUGUUGUGUCUUUUUGAACCAGACUAAAUAAUUGUAUAAUGGCACUGUAGUACAGUGGUAAAAAUAUGAUUGCCCUAAAAUGUAGUAAAGCUGCAAACAUCAAUCUUUAUAUAUUUAUUGAAUCGCCAUUUCUGUUUUGUAGCAUUUUACUUGUAAUUUGGUGCCUUUUUGUCUGUAUUUUGCCUUCCUUCAGCAUUUUCCAUUAUAAAAUGCACAACAGGAAAGAUAGCUGCUGCUCGAAGAGCUUGUAAUAUAUAAAUUUAUCUUCUAUUUCAAAUUACAAAGUAUAUUAUAUAUAAAUAUAUGUAUGCGUGUGUGUAGCUAUUUCUUUAGAGUCCUUAUCACUGUAAUUUUUCAGGGCAAUGUGCACAUUCAGCCAUGUCUUGUGAAUUUGAAUUAAGAAAUCUAAGCUUCAGUACUUGCAUCUUGUCACUGACAAACAUUUCCAACGUUACAAUUGCAUUGAAUUUCUAAAGCCUUGGGAGGUUCACUUUUGCUCAGAAUGAUGAUUUUCUCACUCUCUCACUUGCAUAACUUUAAUCUUCAUAAUGAAUUAUUUAUGAUGGCACCACAUAGCUAUUUGACAGGAUUAGUUCUGCCGAGUUGCCCUUAAGCUUCCAACAAAAUGUUUCUUUAUUCUUGGAAUUUUUAAGUUUAAAUUGUACAGGACUAUCAGUUUUUCCUUAAAUGAUAAUCAAGGGUAGUACAGCUUAAUCUCUUCAUUAAGCCUGUAUGUGCCAAAUUUCAACAGCACACACCUGCCUUUUAUUUGUUUUUGUUUUUUGUGUUUUUUUUUUCCCAACAUCAAUGGUUUGUUUUUAAAAAGCUGCUUUCUAACCACAUACUAUUUACACUGUGAUGUGGACUUAGUUGUGCAUUUAUGCACAUGUAGCCCAUAUGCUGAAGCCUGUAUAAGUUAGACCCGAUCCCCAAUAUGUAACAUCUCUGUUUGCCAUAACAAGUCACUGCAGACAUUGUAUGAAUGAUCAUCUUAAUAGCAUGGCAUACAAUUUGCAUUUUGAAUGUUUUGGCCAAAUGUGGACUAUCAAAUAUUUAUUGUGACACACUGGUUUUGCUGCAAGAGUACUAUUUUCAGUAACAAUUGUAUUUGUGUAAUAAAGUGUUUGCAAAGCAUCA